AUGCCUGACGAAUCAAUAUCUUCGCUACCGGAUGACUCAAAAUCCCCCAACGAUGCUAUCGCAUACUACAAAGCGCAAUACGAGCAGCUGGAGGUCGAACUAGCCGAGUUCCAAACCUCCAGUCGAGAGCUGGAAGCUGAGCUGGAGAAAGAUAUCGAAGCCUCUGAAAAGCGGGAAAGGAAGUUAAAGGAGAAAGCUGAAAGUUUAGGUUUUGAGGUAGAGGAGUGGAAGACAAAGUACAAGCAGGCAAAGUCGGAAGCCAACUCGGCGCAGAAUACUCUCCAAAGGGAGGUAACGACCCUAAGAGAAGCCAACAGAACCCUCCAGUUAAAGCUACGAGAUAUAGAGGUGGUAAACGAUGAUUUUGAACGGCAGGCUCGUCAUACUACCUCCUCGCUGGAGGACCUAGAAUCUAAGUACAACGUGGCAAUCGAACGGGGGGUACUCCUUGAAGAAGAGAUUAAGCAUGGAGAAAAGGAGCGAGAGUCGUUGCGAAUCGAUGCUCAGCGCCUACGCGACGAGCUAUCUGACUUGAAAGUUGAGACACACAUCGCUCAAGAAAAGCUUCGCAAAGCCGAGUCGACUGUAAGAAGGAGGAACAGAGAUUUCUCUAUCUCAUCAACAACUUCCAAUAUCUAUGCGGAACGCUCGCCAACAACAACAGCAACAACUACGGCGUCCUCGCCAUCCAUCACAACCCCAAUAACAAAAUCUAUAUCCUCUGUUAACUCUGACGACGUUACGCCCCCCUCACCACCGUGCUCUGAACAAUCUACUUCGAUUUACAAAACGCCUGCAACUCCAACCUUGACACGUCCGAGAACCUCUAUAUCAGAAUUAAAGUCCUUCCAAAAAUUUUCUCCACAGUCUCGAGGCCCACGCCACUCUCGCGGCCCCUCUGCCCCCGCGCAGAAUGGCCGAAAUACGCCGAACUUAUACUACCGGCGUUCUAGCACGGCUACUACAUCAUCAAAUAAUUCGUUACCGAGAUCUGGCUCGUUAUAUCAGAUCCGCGGACUUAUUGGGAAGAUGCAAAAGCUUGAGGAACGGGUUCAUUCUGCAAGAUCAAGACUUCCCGCUCCAGCAGGGACACCCCCUAAGGUAUCUCCUCGGGCGAGUACCAUUUUAGGGCAGACAUAUCUUCCUUCUACCGUGACAAUGAGAAAUGCAAGAAAACGGGUGAGCGGCGGCAUUACCAGUUUUAGGGAUGGAGAAGUCACACCCUCUCGCGUACCACAAAGCCGGACCUCCUUCAGUAUUCCGCAAUCGGCGCCUCCACGAUCACGGCCCAUCGAUAGUCGACCAAGCAGCCGCGCCAGUGUUUCCAGUCGUUAUUCGACGAGUCAAAAUUCCGGCCCUAUCCCAUUCCGGCGUCCUGAGAGCCGUCAGAGUUUUUCCAGAGCAUCGGUAACGUCGCACUCUACGACGGAUGCCGAAAGUAGACGACCGAGGUCAUCACUCAGUAACUACAAUCCAUCAACCAAUAUGUCCUACAUUCAUGAGCAUGAGGCAGAUGUAUCCACGCCGACGCCACGACCCACUGUGCUCACUGGACGGGAAUUCCCCGCAUCAGGCAUUCCAACAGCGCCAGGCAUCAAAAAGCGACAGAGUGCAGGAUCUACAGCAGCUAUUCUAGCGCACGGACGGCGCAUCAGUCAAAGCUUAAGUCGCCGAGAAGGUGAAAUGUUACUACCGGACCGGACAGCUGAGGUUAGCGAGUUAGGAGAGACAUACUAG